AUGCAGUCAAUCGAGAAGCUGCUUCAAAGUCAGCGGUCUAGACUGCGCGAGUUCAUGCCAGGUACCGGCCCGCAUCAUGCUUUAUUGAAGGAGAUUCACGAUCUCGAAUCGCUAUUGAGCACUCCCCGCACUACGGCGAGGCCAGCCAAGCGGUUCCGCAACAUUCUCCCCAAUUCUCCACCUGUAGCUUGUGAUGCCGCCGGGAGUUCAAAGGGUCGGCCCACCGGCACCAACACAGAGUCUGCUUUCCAAGGGCUUAAAAGCCCGGCGGCCAGUCGGCUUCCCGACGAUGAGGUCUACAUUCCCCCCAAUUCCGAUGAAGACGAUGAGGCUAUGACUACGAAACUUUGGUCGCAAGACCUCAUGGAUACUCAGCCGCGCACUGAACCGUCUGUUCAUGUGGAACCUGGGGACUUCAGGACCACUUCCGCCCCGGUAGUCGUCGACGGAUUGGUUUCGGCCUUCUAUGGUCCCGACGGCCAACUUCGGCCGUGGGAAACGACCAAGAAGUCGCUCGCCCAGCACCACAAACCCAUCAACUUCACCGAAUGGAUGGGCGACAUCGGACGGGAGGAAACUGAGGGAAAUUUGAAUGGGGCAACAGCGAAGCAGUUAAGACGAGUCGUAGCCACCCUGGCACAGGCAGAUGUAAGCCGGGCUCACACCCGCCCGAAAUCCGGCAGCUCGGAGAAUAUUGGCGGCCUCGAAGAGAGGCUCGCACCUUAUUUCGAGCGCACGAAUUCGUCGAAGCUCGGCAGCAGAUUGGUCGAAGGAUGCGAUCUACUCUCACUCCUGUCGAAAUCCUGGCUCCGGGUCCCGAGCAGCCAUAUCGGCCUCCACCAGAUAGACUAUGCUAUCGAAGAUGUGUUAGCCAUGAUGUUUCCGAACAAGCUGCACCGCGGUUUAUUAACUACCGGCUCCUCGACCAUCUAUAAGAUAGUCGGUUCUGAGUACACCGAAGCUUUUUUUGACGGGUUUGAGAAAAUACUCGCCGUCCCCAGCGCUGAAGUUGAAUUGCUGAGGGCUCUACGCUCCCAUAUAAAAGAUCGCAUCGACAGCGUAGUAAGACGUUGGCGCCGUUCUGUCCAAUCUCGCAGCCAGGGCUACGAGAAGCUCGACUUCCCAGAAGGCUACGGUACCGCUGACGAUCUACCCAUCCGUCCGACCAAGCAGAUCGCGCUUCAGUUGCGUGCGCUUGGCAUCAAGAUUGUCCCUGCGCCCAACAGCGCUGUUCUCCCAUCCCCCAAUGACCACGAAGCCAUUUUUGAG